AUGACGAACAACAAUCCCAGGGCCGGCUGGGAAAAGAUCGGAGACCAAUUCUAUCAAAAAGCCCAACUUUACGAAUCAGUCUUCGACCAGGACCUCGAGCUCGAAAACUACAUUGUUGCGGGAGCACCAUACGGCGGAGCUCUAGCAUUAUGGCGAGACACAUCAAAAGUUGCACGAUAUAGGACUGGCCAAUCGACCAAGUCGACUAUCGACGUUUAUUCUUCUUCGGGCAAGCUGAUCAGCAACAUCAACUGGGAGAAAGGCGUGAUUAAAGGUCUUGGGUGGUCCGACGAUGAAAAGCUUUUGGUGGUCACCGAAGAGGGCACUGUUCAUUGCUACUUCGGACUUCACGGCGACUUCCAGCCUUUCUUACUAGGGCAUGGCGCGGAGGAAUUUGGUGUCAAAUCAUGUCGGUUCUGGUCGCAUGGAUUCGUCGCACUCCUCUCCAACAAUGCCUUGGUGGCUGUCUCGUCCUUUGAUGAACCGAGGCCAAGACUACUUGCUCACGCUCCAGAAGGCGAGGUCCACUCGUGGUCAUUAAUUCCACCUGCGUAUACGCUCUCCAGAUCUGUCGAGGUCUUGUUAGCUGUUGACAAGACCAUAUAUGUCGUCGAUGCCUCCGAAGCCGAAGACAGGGGUCUUUCAGACGGACCUUUCAAACACGUCAGCGUCUCGCCCAAUGGACGGUUUGCUGCGCUCUUCACGGAAGAUGGUAAAGUCUGGGUCGUGGGCAGCGACUUUCAGAACAAAUACAGCGAAUACGAUUCCAAAGCCAAAACGACACCCACUCAGAUGAUCUGGUGCGGCAAUGAUGCGGUCGUCCUGGCUUGGGAAGAUGAGAUUCAUAUGCUCGGUCCCGACGGUGCGGCCGUCAAAUAUUACUACGAUGAUCAAGUACACGUCGUCCCUGACAUCGACGGCGUCCGGUUGAUCACCAAUGACGCCUGUGAGUUUCUGCGAAAGGUGCCAGAUCCUCUUGAAGAGGUCUUCAAGCUGGGGUCGACGUCGGCGGCCUCGAUACUGGUGGACUCAAUCGACCUGCUGGAAAAAAAGUCUCCCAAAGCGGAUGAGAACAUACAGCGCAUCCGACCUAGUCUGCCCGAAGCUGUUGAGACGUGCAUUCGAGCAGCUGGACACGAGUUCAACCACGCUCUCCAGAAGCAACUUUUACGCGCAGCCUCGUUUGGCAAGUCAGUUCUGGACCUCUACAGCAGCGAUGAAUUCGUCGACAUGUGCGAGGACCUCCGAGUGCUAAAUGCCGUGAGGGACUAUCGAAUCGGACUGUUUAUGUCCUAUGAACAGUACGUCCGCCUGACACCAGAGAGGCUGAUUGCUCGAUUAGUAAGUCGUCGGGAGUACCUGCUUGCGAUCAAACUGUCCGAGUACCUCCAUCUACCCCUCAACAAGAUAUACGUGCAUUGGGCCAGUCAAAAAGUGCGAAGCGCGUCCGGAGACGACGACACGAUCCGUGAAAUGGUGGUUGAUCGAUUACGAGGCAAGCAUGGCAUUUCAUUCGAAAACAUUGCGCGAGCAGCAUAUGACGAAGGGAGAAGUCAUCUUGCCACAACGCUACUGAACCAUGAACCGAGAGCGGGCAAACAGGUGCCAUUGCUAUUGAGCAUGGAGGAGGACGAGAUUGCGCUGAACAAGGCAAUUGAGUCGGGGGACACGGAUCUGGUGUUCUUUGUGCUACUACAGCUCAAGAAAAAGCUGCCCCUCGCAAGCUUCCUUCGCACUAUCAGCGAGCGGCCUGUGGCGGCAGCGCUUGUCGAAAGUUCAGCCAAAGAAGAGGACCAGGACUUGCUCAAGGAUCUGUAUUACCAGGAUGACAGGCCCGUCGAAGGGUCCAACCUCUUGUUGGAAGAGGCGAUGCAUCAAACACAGGUCCAGGCCAUCAUCGACAAGUUGAGACUUGCCGCCAGGCUCCUUACAGACGCCAAAGAUCCGACGGCCCAACUACACUCUCGAGCUCUGACAGAAGCCACUCAACUCCUCAAGAUGCAGGAAGCGUUUGACAAGGAAAUCACCGACAGCAGUGGUAGCUAUGUCGGCUUAAGCGUCAACGAGACCAUGUUCCGGCUCAUCAAGUCCGGGUACAGCAAACGAGCUGCUACUGUUCAGAGCACAUUCAAAGUGCCGGAGAAGACUUGGUGGUGGAUUCGACUGAGAGCGUUGACAGCAGCCCGUCUGUGGGGCGAAGUCGAAGAGAUUGCUAAGAAUAAGAAAUCGCCCAUUGGGUGGGAGCCCUUUUACAAUGAAGUCCUUGGAGCUGGGAACACCCGUCUCGCCUCGUCAUUCAUUCCCAAAUGCACCAACCUCCAGCCGGCAGAGCGGGUCGAGAUGUGGGUGAAGUGCGGCAUGGUCGUCAAGGCUGGUGAAGAGGCGCUGAAGGCCAAGGAUUUGAACUCGUUGGAGUUGCUUCGGGAUAAAGCCAACGGGCAGCAGCAAGUCGAGAUCGAGAGGAUGCUGAACCAGCUGAGGCCGAGGAAGUAG